GUCGAUAUGAAUAAUAAAGAUCACUAAAUUAAAAUUAGAUCACUAUUCAACAUUAUGUCGUACUUUAAGUUCAUAAUAACAUUAAAGGUAACACAAGUUUUAAAAAAAGGUUACUAUAUUAAAAUUAGGGGUCACUAUAUUAAAUAUAGUGUCAGUUACGUAUGUAUAAAUUUUAGGUCUACGAUAAUAUUAUUGUGGACCAGGUCCACAAUAAUAUUAUACCAGGUCCACGCAAGAUUUUCUGGUAUUGGACUUAUGAAAAUUACUAUAAAUAGGUUUGCUAAUUGAACGAUAUAGACAUAAAAAAAAAUUAGCAACCAAAAAAACAUAUACUAACUACAACUACUACUACUACCAAAAAAAAAAAAAAAAAAAAAAAAAAAAAAAAAAAAUUCCUUUGAAAGAAAUAAUGAUAUUCAUCUUCCUUAUUUCAGCAUCUCUUAUUGUCAUUUUUCUUACAAUUGUUUUCAAAAAUAGUAAGAAAAAAUCAUAUUGCCCUCCUCCUGGACCAACAGGGCUUCCCAUAAUUGGAAACCUACAUCAGUUUGAAGCCUCAAAUACUCAUAUCUAUUAUUCCAAAUUAGGCAAGAAAUACGGCCCAAUUUACACGCUACGAUUGAUGAGUAGACCUAUGGUUGUGAUCCAAUCGGCGAAGUUGGCCCAAGAGGUCUUUCAAACGCAGGAUAAGAACUUUUGUGAUAGACCAUUAACGACCGGAACACAAAGGCUUAAUUACAAUGGGUUAGACAUAGCCUUUUGUCCGUACAGUGAAUAUGUACGUGAAAUGAAGAAGCUACUAAAUGUUCAUCUCUUAGGCUCUAAGAAAGUCGAGUCUUUCGCUCCAAUUCGACACGAAGAAGUCUCAAGGUUGAUCCAAGAGGUUACUUCGUUAUCUCAUGCUUCCGAAAUUGUCAAUAUGAGUCAAUUGAUUCUCAAAUUUUCAAGCUCAAUUACCGGGAGGAUCACUUUUGGAAAGAGAUACAACGAGCACAUUUCGAUAGGAAGCAGAUAUUAUAGUCUUCUACGAGAUGUUGAAGUUAUGUUCACGAGCAUGUUCUAUACUGAUUACGUUCCAUUAUUUGGGGGUUUUCUUGAUAAGCUAAAUGGACAAUCCUCAAUGCUUGAGAGAACUUUUAAAGACUUAAAUGCUGUUAUUGAGAAAAUUAUUAACGAUCAUCUUUACAAAAGCAACCUUCUUGAAUCUGCGCAAAAUGAUGAUACAGUUGAUGUUUUGUUGGGCCUCCUGAAUGAUUCCACCUUUCCGUUUAACACAAUGAACCACAUUAAAGCAAUUAUGAUGAAUCUCUUUGUGGGUGCAAAUACUAUUUCAGCUGCCGUAAUUUGGGCACUUGCGGAACUAAUAAAGAACCCCAUUCCAAUGAAAAAAGUACAAGAAGAGAUAAGGAGUGUAGCACAGAAUAAAGGUUAUAUAUUGGAAGGCGAUCUCUCAAAGCUUAAAUAUUUCAAAGCAGUAGUGAAGGAAACGUUUAGGCUACAUCCAUUAGCGCCAAUACUUGUUCCACGUGAAACACUCCAAAAAUGCAACAUGCAAGGAUACGAUAUUUUACCCAAAACUAUAGUAAUUAUAAAUGCAUGGGCUAUUCAACGAGAUCCAGAAUACUGGAAGGACCCAGAAGUAUUUAUGCCGGAGAGGUUUAUGGAGAGUUCAGUGGAGUUAAAAGGGCACGAUGUGAUGUCAAUGAUUCCUUUCGGGGGUGGAAGAAGAGUGUGUCCUGGUUACACUUUUAGUCCUGUAAGCCUUGAGCUUGUGCUAGCCAAUUUGUUAUAUUCUUUUAAUUGGGAAUUGCCUGAUGGUUUAAGCAAGGAAGAAAUUGACAGCAAUGUUCUCCCUGGCAUCAUUAUGCAUAACGAAAAACAACUUUGUCUAAUAGCAAAAAAGAGUUUCUAAUCCCAACCUGCUAAUAAUCUCAACUGGAGGUUUAAAUGAGCAGCAAAGCUAUCAAUGGAGACAUACAGUGGCUUGCACUCUCAUCAUUUUAGUUGCAAUUCUAUGUUUAAGGGUCACAAUGUAUUAUAUACUAUGUUUUUAUUAUAAUGAUAAUUGAUAAGUCAUGUUUAUGUUGCUUUCAGUAAAAAUAAAAAAUAUUCUAUGUAAUAUGUGUAAUGUACUAAUGUGACAUUAAAAAUGCGAGUGAAUUUUCUACAAUAAGUCUUGUAUAAGACAAAUGUAGGUUAAUUUUAUUGUAAAAUGAUCAGCUUGAAGAUAAAUUUAACUAUUUUUAAUUUGUCAUUGGUUUUAAAUAUAUUUUAAUGAGCAAUUUUUUAUAUAUUCAUGCAUACAUAUAUACUAUAAGAUAAAAUCUAUUGUUGAAAAUAUAAUAAGUUUUUUUUGCAGUAUAAAGGGAUACUAUAAAUAUUUUUAAGAAAACUAAAACCUGUCACCAAUAAAUUAAAAAAACAACCACUUUUUUUUUUUUUUUUUUUUUUUGGAGAAUUUAAGAUUUUAAAUUUUUUUCGCUCUAUUAGUAUAGCUUAGAACAAACAUAGUUAAAGGCUAGUUAUGUUCUUAUUAUCAUUUAUUUCAAGUCUAAUAUAAAUAAGUUUAAUUAAGUUCAGAUAAGUUAAAAAAAAUUAUGAUAAGGACUAUUCAAG